GGCCAGUUUCAUUAGCAGAAAGUACUGCUUAGCAUAUUUUCUUUGCUAAGCAAAAAUUGAUGGGGCACCAGUCAAAGCAAUGUCAACUUAACGUCAUUUUAUAUGCCUGUUUCUGUGCUUAGCCAGUUAUUACGCUCACAAGAUUUAUGAAAUUGCAGCAGUACGCCUUAUUUUUUACCCCUUUUCCAAAUGAACUUGAAACAGCAUUCCCGGUCAAACAACGAACCACCUCUGAAAAAGUGGACGAAUCUACUCAGUGGAGAGCUAUACAUUCACAACGAACAAACGAACGGAUAAAAUGUUAUGGUUCAACAUGGCGCAAUCCAGCUGAUGUAUGAAAACGAAAACCUGCAUGUAGAGUUUCUUCUUAUUUUACUGGGAGUGCGCUCGAGUUCUUACUGAAACGGAGUUGCUGUUCAGGAAUCAAAAUGUCGAAAACGAAGAGCAUUGUGUGCAAAACAUGUGGUGGCAGUGAAAUAGACACGGACCAGGCCCGCGGGAGCGCAGUUUGUGUCAACUGUGGAUCGGUUAUCGAGGACAACUUUAUUGUUUCAGAAGUCAACUUUGCGGAGAAUAGCCUUGGAGGGACCUCUGUGGUGGGUCAAUUUGUUUCUUCGGAAGGUGGGAAAAGCCAUUCUCUAGGAGGUAAUUUCAGACAUGGAUUUGGGAAGGAGUCGCGAGCCAUCACACUUCAGACAGGAAAGGGCAAAAUCAAUGGCCUCGGUGCCCAGUUGCAAUUGAACCAGCACUGUCUAGACACAGCCUAUAACUUCUUUAAGAUGGCCGUCUCCAAGAAGCUCACAAGAGGGCGAAAGACCAGCCACAUCGUAGCCGCCUGUCUGUACCUGGUGUGUAGGACUGAAGGUACUCCCCAUAUGCUUCUAGAUCUCAGCGAUUUACUUCAGGUUAAUGUUUAUGUUCUUGGGAAGACCUACCUCAAGCUAUCACAAGAACUACACAUAAAUGUCCCAGCUAUAGAUCCUUGUUUAUACAUCCACCGGUUUGCUCACAAGUUAGAGUUAACGGAAAAGGUACAUGAAGUUUCCAUGACAGCGUUACGGCUUGUUGGAAGGAUGAAGCGUGACUGGAUGCACUUGGGACGAAGGCCCUCAGGGCUCUGUGGCGCAGCAUUAUUGGUUGCAGCUCGUUUACACAAUUUCAACAGAACACAGAAGGACAUUAUUCGAGUAGUCAAAGUCUGUGAUGCUACUCUUAGAAAAAGACUGACUGAAUUUGAAGAGACUCCAUCAGGCCAGCUGACUAUUGAUGAAUUCAAUAAGAUCGAUCUGGAGGAAGAGCAAGACCCGCCGUCUUUCACUAAGGGUCGUAGGAGGGCCAAGCUUGCUCAGCUGACCGAGAUGAGUAAACAACAAUUCCAAGAACUCUCCGGAGAAAUCAGCUCAAUGCAGGAGGAGAUCGAAAGAGCCUUGAUGAAGAAAUGUUCAGGUGAUGAUGAAAGCACAACCUCAUCAUUUACAGAUUACGACGAAGCCAGUGAAGCCUUCGACGAGAUCUCAUGCGGAGACUUUAAUGAAUUCGAUAGAGAUCACACUCCCUGCCCCGCCACAAGCAAUCAUCCAGACAAGUACCAGGAACAAUCUCCAGCCAAAUCCUCAACAUCAUCAUCAGCAUCAUCGCCGGCCGGGGCUACUGAUGCUCCGGCUGGAAAGACUGAACCUGGCCGAGAAUUGGGUCACGGCGAGCCAGCCACUCAAUGCCCCUCCAAUCUGGAUCAAUUGAAAGGAGAAGCCAGGUCAGACGACGGGCCCGCCGGAGGGCAGAGUGACCCCGCUCCGGCUGAGACCGUCCCCACCUCCUCCUCCUCCUUCUCCUCCGCCUCCAAGGAGGGAGUCAAGGAGGGUGUCCUAGAUUCCCUGCUGAUGCCCCCACCCUGGGGUGAUGGAGGGGACCUGGCCAAGGGUCUGCCACCCUCUGCCUUGUCCCUAGGCCUGACAGAAACCAUUGAGGAAUGUAUGAAACAGCCAGAAGCCAAAGAUUUGGAAGAAGAAUCUGGUGAGCUUGAUCUGACUGGUAUUGAUGACAGGGAAAUAGAAAUGUUUAUACUAAGCCCCCAGGAAGUUGCCAUCAAGACGGCCAUCUGGACCAAAGAGAAUGCCGAAUACAUCAAGAUCAUGAAAGAAAGAGAGGAAAAAGAAGCCUUAGAGAAAGAGCAAGGGAUAACCAAAGAACCCAAGAAGAGGAAGAAACAUGUCCGGAAGCCACAAAUCCAGGCCAGCACCGCUGGAGAAGCCAUCGAGAAACUUCUUAUAGAGAAGAAGAUAUCCAGCAAAAUCAAUUACGAAGUUCUGAGGGAUCUAAAUAGAACAUCAGUCCAGCAACCAGCCACUCCGACCACGCCGACAGUCCUGGACAGUCCCAUCAAGAAUGUACUGCCGCUGAGACCGGUAGUAUCUGCCAACAAGAGAGUCAGACCACUUCUGGGUGCCUCGGCCAAGAGCAAGAUGCCAGCAAUCAAGCACAUCAAGCUCGAUUUGGGAGUCCAACCGGAGAGCCUCGCCCCGUCCAACAUAGUGGUAGAGUCCGGUCCAGUGGAAUAUGCUUCAGCCAUGGGGACGCCUGAUUGCAUAGAAGGUGUGGGAGGGGAAUACUAUGAGGAAGAAUCUACUCUGCAAAGUGCUGCACAGCUCAUGGGACGAGGAGGUAUUGAUGACUUCCAUGACUCGUAUGACGUGGAUGAUUUGGAAUAACGGCCAGCGAGACAUCCAUUCCAAUAAUGGCUUGUUGCACAGCCGCCGAAGUUGGACCAGGUGCAGACACUGUGAUGAAUCAUCAUCCAUUGAAGUCCAUCCAUCGUAACGCUGGGCCAGCCAUCGUCAUCUUGAGGCCUGGUGCGAUGAAGAAGAAACCCCACCUUAUUUUAUUGAGUAAACAUAAGGCAUCUUGUAUUUGCUCCCUUAAUACUAAAGGACAUUUGUAGAGCAUGGAUACCCACCAAGUUUCAUCCUAUAAACCAUCUCAGCUCUCUGGGGAGUAGGCAGGUCGUGCUGCAGUAUGUAGCACACAUGGCCAACACAUGGUUGUAUGGGUUGGUUGCCUGUUAUUUCUGCUGAGCAAAAUUCUUCUGUGCUGAGCAGAAUCAUGUUUGGUAGAUUGCCUGUUUUUCUUUGUGAAGCCAGCUUUUUCUGUGUUGAGCCAAAAGUGUGCGUAUGUAAACCAUUCUCAUAAUACUGCCUCAACAAUUUUGCCAUGUCAAUAUUUUAUGACAUGCACUGUACGGCUGUAUGAACUUGGCCCCUCAAAGGGCAUAGUGGAAGAUCAAAUUUUGCAGAUCAGACAAAGCCUGUCCAAAAGUUUACAGAGGUCCUAAGACAGUUUUGAUGAAAUUAAACCUCAGAUUGAUUGACUUAGAACAAAAUAAGAAUUGAAUUUGUUUGUUCUUUGAGUAAGGGAGUAGUAGGCUACAAGGACCGAGCCGAAAGGUCCUUAAUCGCAUGACCACGACCCUGAAAGGUUUUAAACAGCUGUUUAAGACUGAGUCACUAUUCUGUUAUUCCCAUUUUGUUAAAAAGCCUAAUAAUGUAGGCAAAUUUGUUUUGUAGGCUUAAAUUUCUGUUAAGUCCUUGCGUCCUAUAAAGGCUCAACGGUUGUACGUGCGUGCUAAUAGCGUUUACAUCGCGUAUGUGUAGGUAUUGAUUGCCUUACACUUAAAUUUGCACGCUAGUGUGCCAAUACACUUGUGGCUAUGAGCACCAAACAAGCCUUUUUAGGAUAAUUUUGAAUUUAUUCAUACAUUCUACUUUUCUGAAAUUGAUAGCCAGAGGUUGUUUUGCUUUCUUUUUUCCACUUCCCCCCCCCCCUCCUUUAACCUAUUUUCCUGAAGCGGCUGAGGAGAAAUAAUGUAUGCAACGCUAUCCAUUUACCUUAUAAAUAGUAAUAGGAAUUCAUCAUUACACAUUGUAUCAAACUGCUUUGACUAUUAACCCUGUUCAUUGGGCCUUAAGCAUUCCAGAAAACAUCUCAACACCUUUGGAGUAUGCAACACCGGCAACCAAAUUGGCAGACAUAUUGCAGGGAUGAGAUUGUUCAGACUUUUGGCUGAAUUCAGACUUUUUAUGUCUGCCUGGUGAAGAAAAUCAAACAAUA